AUACGCUUCAACAACGCCACAUAUCGUCAAAUUACGCUGGCUGUGUCCGAUAACAUUCAGCUGUCUGUAGCUAGCCGAGUUCGGAUGAUUUGAAAGCGAAUUGCAUACAAGACCGUCACGAAACGUUGAUAUCGAGGCCUCUAAAAACAGAAGCAUUAACGUCGGUAAAUGAUGCACAAGAUGCCUGGUGAACUCGACAGCUUGAAGCCCAGAAAGAGGAAGAGCAGCUCUGAGGUCAAAAGCUCCAGAAAGGCUUCUGCUCCAAGGAGGAGAUGUAUGAAAGGUCCAAAGACACCCUCUGCAGCAGAGAGCAGCUCAGUAGUCGGUGGUAACAGUAAAGCAGACGGCCCUCUGGAGAGAGACUCUCGCAUCAGCUGUGAAUGCCACCAGUCUGCAGGAAGGAGGAGAUGCACAGCAUCCCCAGAGCUCGAAGGACAGGAGGGCAAAGAAAACGAGUUCAGGACAGGGCUGGAUUUGGAUAUGGACUGCUGCAAAGCGAACGGUAGCUUUGACAAACAUGAGUCUGAGGACAUGGAUUGUGAAGAAACCAGCAAAAACAUCUUUCCAGAUGAUGACAGUAAUCAGAUUCUUCCUGUGGAGCAGUUCUUUGGAAACUUGGAUGCCGUACAGGACUUUCCUCAGAGAUCGUCAGCGACGUCUGCCCGCGUUGAGAGGGAGAACAGGAGACGCCAUUACUACGCACGAGAGGACAGUGAUGAAGAGGAGGCGGGCCUCAGCAGUACGCAGCCAGACGACAGAAGGAGCACUUAUUAAAGUGUGCCGCACCGAUGACUGUGGUUGACUCGGAAGUCGUGCCUGUGGAAGAACAUAAAGCGCCUCAGCACUUAGAAAAAGCAGCCAAAUGAAACUACCUAUUCAGAUGCAGCAAACUGCCCUAAAAUCACAACACUGUUACAAACACACUAUGUGUGAGCAAGGUAGCCAACAUUAUGUGGGUGUAUUUAUUAUAAACUCACUCUCAAUACCAUCUGUUGAUGUUUCCCACAGGUAUUUAUGACUUUAACUGUUUAAAAAUUUAUUGAUUGUAAACUUGGACAUUUGACUUGAUAAGGACCGUCCAAACACACACAAAUGUCAAAUUGUAUUAAGUUUUGCCUGUUACCCAAAUACUUGGAUUUAAUUUGGUAAUGUUUAAUAUAGCUAUAGUAAAAUAGGCACAUGUGAGGAACAUAUACAGUAGUUCUUGUUUUAUUUAUUGCUGGAUUUAUGCUCACACCACCCCUGGUUCAGUUUCUUUGGUGUUACGCGGAGGGUGUGUUGCUGGCACUGCACAUUUAGACAAAUCAGUCCACAUUGCUUCAUAAUUAAGUUUGCAGUUUGAGAUUAGCCUUAAGAGAUGCCAAACUAACAAACUCUCUCAAAUCUACAAAUAUUUACAGUUAUAAAAUGUAAAAUCCAUAAGUCACACGUUGAUUUCAUGUCCUGCAUUCAGAUUGUAUAAAUAUGAGGAAGAAGGGUACACACACAUACACACCAAAGAGCAGUUCCAUAGUUGGAGCAUUUAAUAUCAAGACUUCAAAGAUGAAUGUUGUCAGCAGUUUUCUUUUAUAAGAAAGAUUGUUCACAAGUGUCAAAUAUUCCUCCUCGACACAUCUUAGUGCUUUUUGGCAGCUGCUCAUCGUUUUAACUUGACAGCUAAUGGUUUCCUGAUAGGUUCAUUUGCAAACAUGACAAUUUUAUAUGAGGAAUGUAUUAAAAGAAAAACAUUGACUAAAAACAUUGAGGUUUCUGAUAAAGGUGUUCAGUGUGUAAAGCAAACUUUAACCUGACUUUGAAAGUGUAAUUUAGUAAUUUGAGGGUUACUGUAAUUGCACUAGUGCUAUUCACAUCUGUUGUAGUAUUUUGUAUAUAGCUGAUUGUUCUGACCAUCCAAUCAAAUGUUUUUAUAUAUUUUUACUCCCUUAUUUAUGCAAAAUGCUUUUCAUAUUCUCCUAUGCAACUUUUUCACUGAGUGAGUGCCUCCUCCAUUCAGCUGUCAUUGUAAUCAACUCGUGCUUUUUACAUCACUGUGCCAAAAGAAAAGGACAAAUAAAUGGUUUUCAUGA